UGACGGAGAAAGCCAUUAAACCUUUUUCUUCUUCCCUUUUUUGCUUCGUUCGCUCUCUCUCUCGUCUGUCUGCCUUCCAAUUUCCACGGAAAGGUUGCCCUUUUCCUUCCCGAUUGCUCAGCAACCCCGAUUUCGACCGGAGGAUUGAGUAUGGGACUGCUCCGAUCUCUCGGCUGAUCGGUCUUGUUGCGGCGAUCGUCACUUUUCGUGGUUUCGGGGAGGAAUCGCUACGUUCCCGAGGCGGCCAUCGGUUCCCCGGUGAUUACGUAUGAACUGGUUCGUGAACUUGGGGUUGAAUUCGAAUUCCAGCCACUUCGUCACCUGUCUCUUGUUUUUUAUUCUCCAUUACUCCCCCCAAUCGUCCCCUUCCAUUCUGAGCUCGAAGAGUUGCUGGAGAUUCAAUCGUCGGUGUCGUAGCCAUGGAUAAUCGCUGUGAUGGGAACGGCGUCAACAAAGCCUGUUACUAUAUGAAUCCCGAGGGAAAAUCUCGCUCUCCUUCUGCCAUAGUCAUUGGUGCUGGGUUUGCAGGGAUUGCAGCUGCUCAUGCGCUAAAAAAUGCAUCUUUCCAGGUUGUGCUUUUAGAAUCUCGGGAUAGAAUUGGUGGUCGAGUUUACACUGACCACUCAUUUGGCUUCCCCGUGGACAUGGGAGCAGCCUGGUUGCAUGGUGUCGGCAAAGAGAAUCCAUUGGCACCUUGGAUUGGAAGACUUGGCCUACCAAUUUAUCAAACUUCUGGUGACAAUUCUGUUUUGUUUGAUCAUGACCUGGAGAGUUAUGCACUUUUUGAAGAUGAUGGACGUCAAGUUCCUCAAGAUUUAGUCCAAAAGGUUGGCCAGGUGUUUGAAAAGAUUUUGGAAGAGGCAAGUCUUUAUCCAUCCUUUAUAUGCUUAGAACUUUUUAAAAAAAUGUCUUUUAAGCAACUCUUCCAUUUCCAGGCUAACAAACUCAGGCACGAAACUGAUGAAGAUAUAUCUAUAGCACGAGCUAUUAAGAUAGUAAUGGAGAGACAUUCAGAUUUAAGACAAGAGGGCCUUGCCAACAAUGUAUUGCAGUGGUACCUGUGCAGAAUGGAAGGUUGGUUUGCUACGGAUGCUGACAACAUCUCAUUAAAGAAUUGGGAUCAGGAAGUGUUGCUCCCUGGUGGUCACGGUCUUAUGGUUCGAGGUUACCGUCCUAUAAUUAACACACUUUCAAAAGGCCUUGAUAUUCGCCUGAAUCACCGUGUAACAAAAAUAACAUGGGGCACAAAGGGAGUAGAGGUAAAGGUCAACAAUGGCAAAUCAUUUUCUGUCGAUGCUGCUAUUGUAACUGUCCCCCUGGGGGUUCUCAAAGCCAAAACCAUCAACUUUGAACCAAGACUUCCAGAUUGGAAAGAAGAAGCAAUAGAUGGAAUUGGAGUUGGGACAGAGAACAAAAUUGCUCUUCACUUUGACAAGGUUUUCUGGCCAAACGUGGAAUUUCUUGGACUUGUCUCAGCCAAUACAUACGGUUGCAGUUAUUUUCUUAAUCUUCACAAGGCAACCGGACACCCUGUUCUCGUUUACAUGCCUGCAGGCUGCCUUGCUUAUGAUAUUGAGAAAAUGUCCGAUGAAAAUGCUGCUAAGUUUGCUUUUAGUCAGUUAAAAAGGAUCCUUCCAGAUGCAAAUGAACCGAUCCAAUAUCUCGUGUCUCACUGGGGGUCGGAUGAGAACUCGCUCGGUUCUUAUAGCUACGACGCAGUUGGCAAACCUCGCGAAUACUUCGAGAGGCUGCGCAUCCCUGUGGACAACCUCUUCUUCGCCGGAGAAGCUACAAGCAUCAAGUAUACAGGCACCGUGCACGGUGCUUUCUCCACCGGGUUGAUAGCGGCCGAAGAGUGCCGGAUGCGUGUGCUCGAAAAAUAUGGAAAUCCAGACACUCUAGAGAUGUUCCACCCAGCUAUGGGGGAAGAAGCCGCUUCCAUCUCAGUCCCUUUGCUCAUCUCCCGUAUGUAGUAAACCGCAAUGCGGAUGCUUUGUAUUUGAAUAAAUCGGACACACGCAGUGUGGAUUGUUAAAUAAGAACCAGAUGUAUGGUCGUUUGGAUUCGUAAUGCUAUUUCAAUACUGUUCUUUGUUCUGAA